AUGGCCCACCCACUAGGAUCUAACGCCAAUGAGAAUUACGCAAUUCCUUCUUUAUUCGUCUUCCAGCAGAAAGACUCAAAGUUGAUGUCAAACUCCACAAUCGUGCACCACACCCCUUUGGAAAACAUUGGCAUCUCAACGAUUAUGGGAAUCGUGGGUGUUUUUGGACUGAUGUCAAACGGUGCAGCUAUGGUAGCUGUAAGAUGUAAUCCAGUACUGAAGAAUUCGUUCGGUUUGCUCUGCUUCUCACAUAGCUCUGCGAAUUUUGGUGUUCUCCUCGUAUUCACUCUGUGGGUGACGCCAAUAACUGUGAUUCGAGAUGGUGCCAGCUCAGAGUUGAUUGGCAAAGUGUUCGGCAUGGUGAACAUCAUGUUCUGGGACGUGUGCGUGUAUUCCCACUUAGCAAUCUCACUGAAUCGGCUCAUAGCUAUCACACUACCAUAUCAAGCUGCCAAUCUACUCACCCUCAGGAAUACUGCUAUACUUGUAGCAUUUGCAUGGUUUCUUGGUUUCUGCCAUAUUAUCGCCUAUUUUUGGACUGAUACCUGCUUUAUAUACUACGACCCCAUUUCGUGGGUCUGGAUAUUCGCGGACACGGUUUGUGGUCAUGUCAUCUCUACCUACACUGAUUUUUAUACCAGCUUGGCGGUCCUUACCGUAAUUCUACUCCUGGACUGCACGACUCUAUUCAAAUUAAGGAGAAACAUCAAAGUAAGUAAUUCUGAAUAG